CCCUCAGCGACCGCAGCGACCAAUGAGAUUUCUGAUUUCCUGCAGCCUCCUCUUACCCCGGGCUGCCCAAGCCUUGGGAGCUGAGGCUGGCUUACCUCUCAGCCGUUCUUUCAUGGGCUUUGCUGCCCCCUUCACCAACAAGAGAAAGGCUUAUUCUGAGCGUAGGAUCAUGGGGUACUCGAUGCAGGAGAUGUACGAGGUGGUGUCCAAUGUCCAGGAGUACCGCGAGUUUGUGCCCUGGUGUAAGAAGUCUUUGGUUGUAUCUAGCCGCAAAGGUCACCUGAAGGCCCAGUUGGAGGUUGGCUUUCCACCUGUCAUGGAACGUUAUACUUCUGCUGUUUCCAUGGUCAAACCUCACAUGGUCAAGGCUGUUUGCACUGAUGGCAAGCUCUUCAAUCACUUAGAGACCAUUUGGCGAUUCAGCCCUGGUAUUCCUGCCUACCCCCGAACUUGCACUGUGGACUUUUCGAUUUCCUUUGAAUUUCGUUCUCUGCUGCACUCCCAGCUGGCCACCAUGUUUUUUGAUGAGGUUGUCAAACAGAAUGUCGCUGCCUUCGAGCGUCGGGCAGCCACCAAGUUUGGUCCAGAAACAGCCAUCCCCCGUGAACUGAUGUUCCAUGAGGUGCACCAGACUUGAGGCAAAGGAUUGUUCCUUAGCUUCUCCUCCAUUCUCUCUCCCUACCCAGUUCUAUUUAUUUUAUUUGGCUCUUGCUCCAAUCUGAGAGAAGAGUCUAUGUGCAUAAUGCUGUUCUCUCAAUUCUCCAGAAAUUGGGCUCUAAGCUGGCUGGAAAUGCUGGAGGGAAGAAAAGGCAGGGGGGUAUAGAAAGGAAUGACAUGCUUGGGAAAUGGUUAAGCUCAUCUUAAGAGCCCCAUAUGCCUCAUGCCUGCGGCCUUUUCACACUGAAUUAUAAUUAGGACUGUGUGGUUAUCUGAGCCCUGUCAAGGUGCCUUAGUGUCUGACCAGGUAAAGAUGGCAACUUAAGGACUAAAUGAAUUGAGCUUUCUUCUUGGACACAGAGGUACUGGAUGGUCAAUAAUUUUUGCUUGCCUGAAAUGCCGCAGAUGUUGGGGAUCUGGCCACAGCUUGAACUCCAUAUGACCUAACUUUAAGAAUACUUCCAUGCUAGUGGAGAACCUGGGGCUUUCUUACCAUCAGUGCCACGGGGCAAGGAGAAAAAAAAAGCACUGAACAAAAUUAUACUCUUGGGUUGUACUUUAUUCCAUCUGGCCUGAAUUUUUAUAAAAUUUCAAUAAAUUAAUUCUGAGUGUGAA